AUGCGUAUCAGGAUUCGCGGCCCUUCGGGCAUGUCCCAGGUCAACAUGCCAGAGACAGCAACAUGGGGAGAGCUCAAACACGAGAUAUCCUCGAAAACUUCAGUCGCAGACUUUGAUGUCAAGUACGGCUACCCGCCUCAAAAUCUGGAUACCACAAGCAUUGAUAACGAGACCAAGUUGACCGAUGUUGGCAUCAAACUUGAUGGCGAACAACUCAUCAUCUUGCCACGCGAUGUUCAGCAAUCAUUACAUAACCCUAUGUCUGGCCAUAAAGACCCUCAAAAUCCUGGUGCUUUGCCUUCAUUGAAGAAUAUUCAGCCUCCUCAGCACAGACCUGGUGAUUUUCCUUCUGGCCAGGCGAGUGGAGGACAAGCCGCACCGCUCUCUUUGCAGAGAAAACCGAACGAUGUGGAAAGCGACCCACCUGAAGUCCCCGUGCCUGGUCUAGAAGGUGUUCUUGUUCUUCGUGUGAUGCCGGAUGACAACAGCUGCAUGUUCAGAGCCUUAGGAAGCGCUGUGUUGGGUGAUGCGCUGGAUGCUAUGAACGAGUUGCGCUCUAUGGUGGCUCAGACAAUUCAAUCAAAUCCGGAUCUUUACACUGCCGGCAUGCUUGAGAAAGCACCCGACGACUACUGCCGCUGGAUCCAACGCGAAGAUUCUUGGGGAGGCGGUAUUGAGCUCGCCAUCCUUUCCCAGCAAUUUGACAUCGAAAUCUGCAGCAUCAAUGUUCAAGACUUGCGAAUCGACCGCUUCAAUGAAGGCAAGCCAAGACGCUGCAUCCUUAUUUAUUCUGGCAUCCACUACGACGUUGUCGCUGUCUCGCCUGGACCCGGUACAAGUCCCGAAUUCGAUAGGAAGAUCUUCGAGGUCGCGCAGAUUGAGGGCAUGGAGGGCGAAGAUGGUGGAGCGCUGCAAGCUGCCAGAGAGCUAUGCCAGGUCCUGCAACAAAGACACUACUUUACUGAUACCCACGGCUUCACCAUUAAAUGCAAUGUUUGUGGCUGGACUGGCAAGGGAGAGAAGGGUGCUACAGAGCACGCAAAGCAGACAGGUCAUAUGAACUUCGGCGAAGCAUGA